GUUGUCUCUAAUACAAUAAGGAUUGUUUGUAUUGGUGUUUGCAAAGUUUAAUGUUUGAUGUUCACUGUAUUUAUAUUGAAUAUCCUGUAUGUUGACUAUGUUGACUGUGUGUCUGUAUUCUGUUUGUACAUUGUCUGUUGCUGGCAGCACCUAUUCACUAAGUCAAAUUCUGGGUAUGUGUAUAAUUGGGGAAUAAAGUGAUUCUGAAGUGAUUGGGAAGAUAUUUUGAAUUCUUUCUCCUCUACCAUGUGUGCAUCGGUUACAGUAAGAUCUCCCUCUCAGAUUAUGUGCUUUGUGCUUAUUUUUUUAUCACGUGUUUGAAGUAAUUUACUGAAAUAGUUUGUUGUUGCCCUAGCUUUGUUAUUAUAAGUGUUUGACAGUUACUUACCUGCAAUUGUUGAGAAGUGGAUGGAUUGUGUUGUUUCUGUGAAUUGACAAUAUGCCGUGCGAGCAGAAAAUAUGUGAGAGAACAUGUCUAUGGUUAUACAACCCUACUCCCGCAAGCACACAAACUUGUAAUAAAUGUGACAUUAAAUUACAAUUAUAAUUAUGUGAGUAUCAUGCAGGAGUUUAACAAAAAAAAAUCCACAUGGUCUAAUUUGCAUAAUACGCAUAAUACACAGUGGAAUUGCACUCUGUACAGCCAGCGCUAUUAAAAAGUAACAUGCUGCCUCUGUUGGCGAGUCAACACUGUAGGUCAAGGGUCAACCUCACUAUUGGACUUUUGAUCUGCUCUUUGCUUUUAAAACCCCUGCACAAAUCCCACUGCAGUCUCACAUAUAGUAUCUCUGCUUCUGACACCCAACUCUGCAACCAUGACCACAUUCGAUGAAAUCCUAGAGGAGGCAGGGAAUUUUGGUCGUUGCCAAAAGCGCAUUUUCGCUCUGCUAUGUAUGGUGUCGUUGCCUUUUUCUGGGGUCUAUGUGGGCAUUGUGUUCCAGGGGUUCACCCCAGAGCAUUGGUGCCGGGACUCAGUGGUGAGUCAGAUCCGGCAGAGCUGUGGCUGGAACCUGAUGGAUGCCAGAAAGAUCACCGUCCCUCUGGUCAACACCUCAGGAGUGCUGGUCCACAGUCAGUGUGAGCAGUAUGACCUGGACUGGAACAAUACAGGUCUGACCUGUGACAACCCAGAGUCUGACCUCACCGACGCCCAUCGCAGCAAAGCUCCCAUGACCUCCUGCAAGGAAGGCUGGGAGUAUGACUACGAAGGCAGGCAGUCCUUUGUGACCGAGUUUGACUUGGUAUGUAAUGAUGCCUGGGUGGUGGAUAUGUACCAGGCUACACUGAAUGUGGGCUUCCUUGUUGGAAGCAUAACUUUUGGAUACCUGGCUGACAGGUUCGGCAGAAAAAGGAGCUUCUUGAUGUCCAACCUCUUGAAUGGGGUUGCUGGAAUACUUGUAGCAGUGGCUCCAAACUACAUAUCCAUGCUUGUAUUUCGCACAAUCUUUGGCUUUGCUGUUAAAGGAGGCUGGAUGUCUGUAUAUGUGCUUAUCACCGAGCUAGUGGGAGUUGAGUACAGGAGGAUGGUGGGCGUGCUUUUACAGAUGUUCUUCAGUGUAGGCAUUCUCAUUUUGACCCUCAUUGCCUACCUCAUCACUGACUGGCGCUGGCUGCAGGUGACCUUCGCUGUUCCUUACUUCAUAUUUCUAACCUACUUCUGGUUGAUCCCAGAGUCUCCAAGAUGGCUUCUUUCUCAGAACAACUCAACCAAAGCGAAGGAGAUCAUUGAGGCAAUAGCGAAGGAAAACAAGAAAACCCUCUACAAGAACAUUGAGACGCUGAGAGACGACAAUGCACAGACCUCAACUGCCUCGUUCCUGGAUCUGGUCAGAACUCCAAACAUGAGAAAACACACCUUCAUCCUCAUGUUCAACUGGUUCACUAGUGCUAUUGUCUACCAGGGUCUUAUCAUGCGUGUGGGAAUCGCAGGAGGAAACGUCUACAUUGACUUCCUGAUCUCUGGACUGGUAGAGUUCCCUGCUGCCUUCCUAAUCCUCUUCACCAUCGAUCGUAUUGGACGUCGUCUUCCCUUUGCCACGGCCAACAUUGUAGCUGGAGUAUCCUGCUUCAUCACUGCUAUGAUCCCAGAUAGUCACUUCUGGGUCAAAACAGUUGUGGCCUGCAUUGGCCGGUUGGGCAUCACCAUGGCAUUUGAGAUGGUGGUGUUUGUGAACACUGAAUUAUACCCCACCUUUGUCAGGAACCUAGGUGUGUCAGUCUGCUCUACUCUGUGUGACAUCGGAGGCAUCGUGGCCCCGUUCCUGCUCUACAGACUGGCUACCAUCUGGCUGGAGCUGCCACUCAUCAUAUUUGGGGCGAUAGCGUGCAUAGCUGGAGGUUUAGUCUUGCUGUUGCCUGAGACCAGAGGUGUAAGACUUCCUGAGACCAUCGAUGACAUUGAGUUCCCAAACAGACACAAAGAAAACCAUCCGAAGAGUCAACAACUGACAAAUCUCUUGCCCACUGACAUGACGACCAACAAAGAAGCUACAAUCGUCUGAUCGAUCUUGCUCCGCCUCUUCACAAGAUUGACAGCAUA